GCACAUCAGAGAAUCCACACAGGGGACAGGCCCUAUGAAUGCCGUGAUUGUGGGAAAACCUUCAAUCGCAGUUCGCACCUUAUUAGGCAUCAAACAAUCCACAGAGGAGAGAGGCCCUAUGAAUGCCGUGAGUGUGGGAAAUGCUUCACUAGCAGCUCAGACCUUUCUAAACAUCAGAGAAUCCACACAGGGGAGAGGCCCUUUGAAUGCCGUGAGUGUGGGAAAACCUUCACUAGUAGCUCAGACCUCUCUAAACAUCAGAGAAUCCACACAGGGGAGAGGCCCUACAAAUGCCGUGAGUGUGGGAAAUGCUUCACUAGCAGCUCAAACCUUUCUCAACAUCAGAGAAUCCACAGAGGGGAGAGGCCCUAUGAAUGCCGUGAGUGUGGGAAAUGCUUCACUAACAGCUCAAACCUUUCUCAACAUCAGAGAAUCCACACAGGGGAGAGGCUCUAUGAAUGCAAUGAGUGUGGGAAAAGGUUCACUCAAAGAAUAGACCUUUCUCGACAUCAGAGAAUUCACACAGGGGAGAGGCCCUUUGAAUGCCCUGAGUGUGGGAAAAGCUUCACUCAAAGAUCAGACCUUUCUAAACAUCAGAGAAUCCACAGAGGGGAGAGGCCCUUUGGAGCCGGUGACCUUUAA